GACACAAUAGAACUCUCAGAACUAGAAGAAGCCAUAAUAUGCCAGAGCUCAGAGCUGAUGGUGAAGGAACCUCAAAGGACAAGUGAGAGGAUCCCUUUCCUUGUCAGCUCCACUGGCCUCUAUAGCUGAUUGACCUGCCACAUAAUCUACCACUAUCAGCUAGUUCACUGGAAGACAGUAUUUCUGUUGCUGCAUUGCACACAGUCAAUGUGAAGGACGUUAUAAAGAAGGUUAAAACUUCCAAGUUUGCUACUGGUUGCUGACUAUCCACUGUGACCAUCAUGUUGAUCAAAAAACGAUACAAUAGCCAAAUGGGAGGCUUUGCUUUGACCACAUUGGCUUGGAUAAUUUGCUGUAUCUCCAUAGGCUUACCUCAGUGGCGAGUGUGGCACUUCCAAGACCCUGAGGUCUUUAAGCCUACUACAGCAUUUGUUGGCAUGUGGAGAGUCUGUACUUUCCAGCAUAAUGACAACUUUAGCAACAUCAGAAUAUGUCACCGAUACAACUACCAUGAUACCUUCAUUCCUUUGGAUAUCCGAGUGACCCAACAAUUGCUACUGGUUGCUAGUUUUCUUGGACUGGUUGGGAAAGCCACCACCAUUAUUUCCCUUUGGAAUGUGUGCGGAGGAAGAGUACGUACAAAUACCACUUACAAUCCAUUUGGUCUAUCUGGAAUUCUGAACAUCAUUGCUAGCAGUUUUCUUUGCCUUGCCGUAUUGUUUAACUAUAUAUCCAUCAUACUACAGGAGGGAAUAGUAUUCCCACCAUCUUUUAAUGUGCCUUCCCAGCCAGACACACAGGAAAUUGGAAGUGCCAUGGCCUUGGCAAUUAUAGCUGCAGUUUUCUUUCUAUUAAGUGGUACAAUUUUGCUUACUUCAACUUUUCCUAGAGAAAAGCCAAUGCAUUCUAAAUAUUAAAAGUAAAUUUUUACCUUACAUACAUUUAAAAUCAAAAGUUACCUGGAAUGAUAGCAUGUGUCAACAAAAUUUUCAAAGAACUCAAUUUGGCCUGUGAUGGAAAAUGACCAUGUUGAUCUCUUAUAAUUUCUGUAUUUCUUGUUUGAUUUAUUACUUGAUUGCUGUAUUAUGGAUUGUCAAAAAAAUAAAAUCUAAUCCAUAAUCCA